AUGUCAAAAUCAUUAAUUCAAGGUGUAUUAGAUUUAGAUCCUUGGUUAGAACCAUUUUCUCAAUCAUUAAUUAAUCGACAAAUUGAAUUUCAAAAUUGGCAUAAAAAAUUAAUUGAAUCAGAAGGUUCAUUAAUUGAAUUUGCUAAUAGUUAUCAAAAAUAUGGAUUACAUACUUUAUCUAAUGGGAAAAUUCAAAUUAUUCAAUAUAUUCCUAAUGUUGAACAAGUUUCAAUUGUUGGAGAUUUUAAUAAUUGGAAUAAAGAUAAUCAUAAAUUAAACAAAUUAAAUGAAUUUGGUACUUGGGAAUUAACUCUUGAAUCAAAUACUAUUCCUAUUAAUAGUAAAUAUAAAAUUGCUAUGCAAACUAAAACAGGUGAAUGGAUUUAUCGUUUAGAUCCUUGGGUUCAUAGAGCUACAUUUAAUAAACAACAAGCAUUAUAUGAAGGUCAUUUUUGGGAAGAUAAUUAUAAAUUUAAAAAUCCUCGUCCUUCUUCUUCUUCUUCCACCACCACCAAAGAAGGUGGUAUUAAAAUUUAUGAAGCUCAUAUUGGAAUUUCUACACCAGAACCAACAAUUGGUAGUUAUAAAAAUUUCACGGAAAAUAUUUUACCAAUAAUUCAUGAUCUUGGUUAUAAUACUAUUCAAUUAAUGGCAAUUAUGGAACAUGCUUAUUAUGCAUCAUUUGGUUAUCAAGUAACAAGUUUUUUCGCCAUUUCUUCUCGUUAUGGUACUCCUGAUGAAUUAAAAGAAUUAAUUGAUACUGCUCAUGGAAUGGGUAUUCAAGUAUUAUUAGAUAUUGUUCAUUCUCAUAGUUCUAAAAAUGUUGAUGAUGGAUUAAAUAUGUUUAAUGGUACUGAUCAUUAUUUAUUUCAUGGUGGUAAUAAAGGUAAUCAUGAUUUAUGGGAUUCUCGUUUAUUUAAUUAUACAAAUUAUGAAACUUUAAGAUUUUUAUUAUCAAAUUUAAAAUAUUAUAUUGAUGUUUUCCAAUUUGAUGGAUUUAGAUUUGAUGGAGUUACUAGUAUGCUUUAUAAACAUCAUGGUUUAUCAGUUGGAUUUAGUGGAGGUUAUCAUGAAUAUUUUGGUGAUGGAGUAGAUAAUGAAGCAUUAAUUUAUCUUAUGUUAGCUCAUCAAUUAAUGAAAGAAAUUUCUACAAAAGAAGGGUUUUCAUUAACUUCAAUUGCCGAAGAUGUUUCUGGUAUGCCUACUUUAUGUCGUCCAAUAUCUGAUGGAGGAAUUGGUUUUGAUUAUAGAUUAUCAAUGGCUAUCCCUGAUAUGUGGAUUAAAAUUUUAAAACAUUUAACUGAUGAACAAUGGGAUAUUGGUAAUAUUGUUCAUACUUUAACUAAUAGAAGAUAUGGAGAAAAAGUCAUUGCUUAUUGUGAAUCUCAUGAUCAAGCUUUAGUUGGUGAUAAAACUUUAGCAUUUUGGUUAAUGGAUAAAGAAAUGUAUACUAAUAUGUCAGUAUUAUCUCCUUUAACACCAAUUAUUGAUAGAGGUCUUGCUCUUCAUAAAUUAAUUAGAUUAGUCACUUAUGCUCUUGGUGGUGAUGGAUAUCUUAAUUUUGAAGGUAAUGAAUUUGGUCAUCCUGAAUGGUUAGAUUUCCCUCGUCAAGGUAAUGGAGAAUCUUAUCAUUAUGCUCGUCGUCAAUUCAAUUUAAUUAAUGAUGAUCUUCUUCGUUAUAAAUAUUUAUAUCAAUUUGAUAAAAAAAUGUUACAAUUAAAAAUCACUAAUAAAAAAGAAUAUAUUUCUUUAAAACAUGAAAUUGAUAAAAUUUUAAUAUUUGAAAAAGAUCAAUCAAUUUAUAUUUUUAAUUUUAAUCCUACUCAAUCAUUUGUUGAUUAUAAAAUUGGUGUUGAAUUACCUGGGACUUAUAAAAUUAUUUUAGAUUCUGAUGCAAAAGAAUUAGGUGGUCAUGGUAGACUUGAUCAUAAUACUAAAUAUUUCACAUUUAAUGAACCUUGGAAUAAUAGAAGUAAUUCCCUUUUAGUUUAUAUUCCAACUAGAACUGCCAUUGUUUUAGAAAGAAUUGAAUAA